UGUGAUUUUCCAGCUAAAAAGACAAUUCCGUGAUUAAUGAUACCGUCGAGUGUGAAAAUCGGAAAAAUUACGUGAAAUGUGAUUGGCAUAUUUCAAAUGUUUGUAUUCUUUGGCGUCCGGUUCAUCUCACAUCAAACCAAUUUAUCAAUUUACAAGUGAAUUCCCCCCUUUAACCAACAAAUCUUGAACGGAAGAGCCAAAAAAAAAGAAAUAAUAUAAAAGGCUCUUAAGAGGAUUGUGCGGUGAUUUAAAUUUGACUUGUGUUGGCCAAAAAAAGACGAAACCCCAUCUUUCGGUCAUUGAAGACUUUCAUGGGGUAACAGGAAGCACGUUUUGUGAUUUUUUUCUUGUGUAUUUUCGUGUCCAUAAAAUUUCUUUGUCUUCUGGAAGUACUUUGGAGAUGAAAGAUAUGAGAAAUAUGAUUUCCCUAAAAUUUGAUGUGGCUUGCGGAAAAUGGCGUGGGUGGACGUGGUAGCGGAUGUGUCGAUGUCAGUGAAUGUGGAGUGGAAAGUGUACAAAAAAAUAAUCAGAAGGAGCAUCAGGAAGAAAAAGCGACGGCGAAAGCAGAAAAACCACAAAACUCACAGGGUGGUUAAUAUGACUGGGGGAUGGAAGGGUCCGCAUGUGAUUCUUGGUGCUGCAUCCGUGGACGGUAAUGGAAGUUCUCCAAAGGAGUACCGUGAUGAGUAAAGCUGAUUACAUACAACCAAAAAUAUCAACAGUAGUGCAAUCAAGAGAAAAUUCCAAGAGUGUUCAAAAGAAGUGAAGAACGGUGAAAUUAGCAAUAAGAAGAAUAAAAAAAACGCGCGUGUACGAAGAAAUUGCAGAAUUUGUGGAAUAUGGGGAGAAGUGAAUGUGAGUUGGGAAGAUUAUGUGGAAGAUUUCUCACUGAAUCCAUUGUUAUCCUCCUGACUGUGACACUUGUGCACGAUUUCGUGUCCGCAGCAUCCACCCAAUUGGGGGUCAAUUGGACACGAAGGCACCCCCUGUCGGAGGUCAUUUCCACAUCUGAGGUUCACCCAAUGUCAGAGGAAGUGAAUGUCAGCAGCAGCACAAGUCCCUCCCUUGAUUCCCAGACACAUGGCAGUGCAAUUAGUGGUGAAACUUUCCCAGUUCGAAGUACAGAGAGCAAUGAGAUUGCCAAUGGGGGGCGGUAUUCCCAUUCCGAUGGGGAUUUUUGGAAUGUAUUCGGAUUUAGGAAUAGAUCAAUUGGUGGACGUGCCAAUUAUUUACAAAUUAGUGGAUACCCUGACCGUAUUUUCCUCUGUAAGCUCCAUCUUCGUGGUCGGGUGGUCCUUUUUAGGCGCUCCUGCCUUCGACGUGUGGACCAUUGUGACCCAUUUACUCUACGUGAUUGGAUGUGGUUACCCGUGGCGGAGUACAUUAUCUGCCCGAAGAAAGGCAAUUGGAUGCUGAGAAAGGGAACAGUGCAGAGAUUUCACAAAAGAGGCUCAUUUGCCUCUAGUGCAACACUUUCACCCAACUCAACGACGAUCUCAUCGCGUCGGCACGUGAAUAGUGUUUUUGAGGAGUCGCGUGCUGAACAGACAGGUCGCAGUUCAACGGGUGACAAUGGGAAAGUAUCCCUUCUGGGACUUUUUGAGUUGAGCACCAGAACAGGGACACGUCCCGAAGGUCACAGUGAACUUGCAGCUGCUCAGAUGGCUAUUCGACACAUAAAUAAGCGUGGACUCCUCCCAGGAUACGAACUUGAACUACUGGCAAAUGAUACAAAGUGCGAUCCAGGUGUGGGCGUUGACCGCUUCUUCCAUGCUCUAUAUACGCAACAUUCAACCCGGAUGGUAAUGCUCCUUGGUUCCGCCUGUUCUGAAGUCACUGAAAGCUUGGCCAAAGUUGUCCCUUAUUGGAAUAUUGUCCAGGUUUCAUUUGGAUCCACAUCACCAGCUCUCAGUGAUCGACGUGAAUUCCCGCUUUUCUACAGAACAGUCGCACCAGAUUCAUCUCACAAUCCCGCAAGAAUUGCCUUCAUUCGUCGUUUUGGAUGGGACACUGUGACAACUUUUUCACAAAAUGAAGAAAUCCACUCACUGGCUGUGAAUGAUCUCGUUACUGAACUCGAGACAGCUAAUAUAUCGUGUGCAGCAACAAUCACAUUUGCCGAAACUGACUUCAAGGAUCAACUUCGAAUGUUGCGCGACUUGGACACGAGGAUCAUCAUUGGGAGCUUUUCAAAUGAAUUGGCACCAAAAAUUUUUUGUGAGGCAUACCGUCUGGGGAUGUAUGGGGCGGAUUAUGCAUGGAUUCUGCACGAGACGCUGGGACCUCCCUGGUGGCUUCUGCAUUCACCAGCAGCCGAAUGCCAGCAGAAGCAGCUAGAAGCAGCCGUUGAAAGUCUGAUAAUCGUUUCCAGUCACAAUAGUAUCGUGGGGAAUUCCGUGAGUUUCAGCGGAUUGACUAACCGAAUGUUUAUGGAUGAACUCAUGGCACUCAAGGUACCACAGCCAACAUCUCGGUAUGCUCCGCAGACGUAUGAUGCAGUGUGGGCGAUUGCUUUGGCGCUUCGUGGGGCGGAGGAACGUUGGAGGAAUGAAUCUAUUCAGUCCAAGUUGGAUGGUUUUGACUAUACAAGAUACGACAUGGCCACUGAAUUUCUCAAUCAAUUCAGUCGUCUUCAAUUCCUGGGCGUUUCUGGUCCAGUUUCAUUUAGUGGUGCCGAUAGGGUGGGAACAUCCGCAUUUUACCAGAUUCAACGUGGAAAACUCAAUCCGGUGGCACUCUACUAUCCGAGUGAGCAACACUUGGAUUUUAAGUGCCCUGAAUGUGUGGCUGUGCAAUGGCAGAGUGGCCAAGUGCCGAUUGCAAAGCGAGUCUUUAAACUACGAAUUGCAACAAUUGCUCCCGUGGCAUUUUAUACCAUGACCUCGUUGGCGUCCGUUGGUGUUACACUUGCACUGGCUUUUCUCGCUUUCAACCUACACUUCCGUAAGCUCAAAGCAAUAAAACUGUCGAGUCCUAAAUUGAGCAACAUUACAGCUGUGGGUUGUAUUUUGGUCUACACAGCGGUGAUUCUUCUUGGGCUCGACUACUCAACACUUCCGGCCACGGAAGUGGCUUUCUCCACUGUUUGCACGGCACGAGUUUAUCUUCUAUCUGCGGGUUUCUCAUUGGCUUUUGGCUCAAUGUUCGCCAAAACAUACAGAGUUCAUCGUAUUUUCACCCGUAGUGGCGGUAGUGUGUGCAAGGAUAAAAUGCUCCAAGAUACCCAACUAAUCUCCCUUGUCUGUGCCCUCCUACUACUUGAUGGCCUUGUGGUGACAUUGUGGAUUGUGACGGAUCCCAUGGAGCGCCAUUUGAACAACCUCAGCUUGGAGAUUAGCUCAAUUGACCGGAGUGUUGUCUACCAGCCACAGGUUGAGGUGUGUCGAUCGCAGCAUAGCAGUAGUUGGUUAGGUGCUCUUUAUGCCUACAAAGGACUACUCCUUGUUGUGGGUGUCUACAUGGCCUGGGAGACGCGACAUGUGAAAAUUUCCGCAUUGAAUGAUUCACAAUAUAUUGGGGUAUCUGUGUAUUCUGUCGUGAUUACGAGUGCCAUUGUCGUGGUUCUGGCCAAUCUCAUUUCGGAGCGUGUCACAUUAGCCUUCAUCACGAUCGCUGCCCUCAUUCUCACGUCCACCACGGCCACACUGUGUCUCCUCUUCCUACCCAAACUCUACGACAUAUGGAAUCAUGGGGAUGAUGUGGCGGAUCCCAUUGGACGGAGUAUGGGCCUAAAAAUGGAAUUUAACACACGGCGUUUUGUGAUGGAUGACCGACGGGAGCUGCAGUAUCGCGUUGAGGUGCAAAAUCGCGUGUACAGGAAGGAAGUGGCAGCACUUGAUGCGGAAAUUCAGAAACUUGAGAAGCUCCUGGAAUCCACAUCGUCCUCAACGUCGUCCAAUAUAUCCCUUAGUCGGCAUAUAAAAACGGAAUUGAGUAUUGUGAAUGAGGGUGCAACACCACCCAAACCUAGAACACCUAGCAUUGGUGGUGGACUUCCAUUGUUACUACUUUCGGUGCUUCCACCUGUAAUACCACGAGCUAGUUGGCCAUCAGCGGAUCAUAUGCAGGCCCCAAUGCGACGAUCAGUCACCUUUAGUUCGCAACCUCAACUCGAUGAACCCUGUGGGAGUACAACAAUUCGCCUACCCGCCAUAGAUCUACUAAAUCUCCGACUAACCCAUCAACAAGCAACAGCAGAACGAUCUGGAUGGUUAAAUCGCAUCCGAGGGCUAUUUCUAAGUUCACGACCAUCCAGUCGGAAGACAUCGACAGUCUCAAUUAGUGGCGCUGCGGCCGGUGGUGCAGCAGGAAGUGGAAUUGCGGCCGCACUAAAAGCCCACAUGGGUCUCCUGAGUGGAUUAGUUCCCUCUGGGGUUGGUACAUCCUCAUGUCAUGCCCUCAAUACAGCUGGAAGUGGAUUUAAGGCAAUGCGACGAACUUCCUUAGCACGCAGUGGAGGUUCAUUGCAUACAUCACAUGCGGACAUGGGGGAGGCACCCUAUAUGAGGCCGCGUCAUCGAAAAUUUACUCCACCAGCUUUCAUCAUUAGUGGUUCUGUGCUAUUUGACAAUCAAACCCCACCGCCGGAACUGGAGGAGAUUCACGGUUCAGAGCCGCGUGUUAAUUUUCAACUUCCCAGCGGACGACGUCCCUCUAUUGUGCAUCAAUCAUCACAGCCAACACUAAGGGAACGCGUCAAGGGCUCCCCGCGAUUUCCUCAUCGAAUCAUCCCAACAUCCAGUUUGAGUGCACUACAAGAAUCCAAUGGUGGAAACUUGGCAGAUUCACAACAUCAUCAAGCUAAGUGGAAAUCGAUGGAGGAGUCAACAUUCAAUUAUACCGCCAACAGCAAUCACGCCAGUAUUCGACCCCUCACCUUUCUCCCAACCACCCAUGGGGUAUCCGAGGGCUCCAGCUUGGCCGAUGGGGAGACAAGUGGUGGUGGUGACGGUGUAGUAGAUAAUUGCCCCCAGAACCAAUCUGUCGUGGAGGAGGAAGUAGCUGCAAUUUAAUCAUGGUACCAUCAUUUACUUUUGGGCCAAUUGACUGCACAGACUUUCACACCUCCUUCCGGCAAUACGGGGACUUUUGGGGUUGUAUGGCAAAUUGAAAAAAAAAAGAUGAUGACACUCUCAAUUAGCUAUAAGUGUGUUCAAAAAUCUUCUAUACAACAAUAUUAUACAAUUAACGGUGUUCAACGGAAAGCGCGCGUGUGUGUGUAUGUGUGUAAAACAUUUUCUCAAGAUGCUGAGUGAGAAAAUAACACAAUAUAGAAAACA